UGCUAUGCCAGAAGGACAAAUAGGACUUUUCCCAGAUGUCGGUGCAUCAUAUUUCCUUUCUAGGCUCCCAGGAUAUUUUGGAGAAUAUUUAGGACUUACUGGUGCACGACUAGAUGGAAAGGAGAUGCUUGCUUGUGGUCUUGCUACCCAUUUUGUCCUCUCAAAGGAUCUUCUUCUACUGGAAAAUGCAGUAUCUGAGGUGGCUUCUUCAGAUGCAUCAACCAUUUCUAGAGUUAUCAGUAGAUUCUCAAGCGAAAUAUCCUUAAAGAAAGAAAGCGCCUAUAGGAGAUUGGAGACAAUCAACAAAUGUUUCUCAAGGAGGACAGUUGAAGAAAUCCUAUCAAUGCUGGAAAAUGAGGCUGCAAAUGGAGAUAACAAGUGGAUAAUCCAAGCAAUAAGUUCCAUGAAGUCAGCUUCUCCAACAAGCCUUAAAAUUUUUCUUAAAUUGAUUAGAGAAGGGCGAACAAAAGAACUUAAAGAUUGUCUAAUCCAAGACUAUACAAUCGCUUGUCACAUGUUUCGAAGGACAUUCAAUCCUGAUUUCAUUGAGGGUUCAAGAGCAAAAUUAUUUGAGAAAGGCCAACAACCCAAGUGGGAGCCUUCAAAACUGGAGCUGGUUCGUGAUGAUUUCGUGAAUCAGUAUUUUGAAAAAGUUGAUGAUGCUGAUUGGGAAUAUCUGCAACUUCCUGCUAGAUCAAACCUUGCCAAAACAUGGGAAUCAAAACUCUAGCUGGAUUGUGAACGAUGGUAAAGGAGUAUAAGGAGCUAUAACUCCGAUUAGCAUUUAUAAACUUUAAACUUAAAUUAAUAUGGUACUAUAGUUUAAUUGUAUCACAUUAUUAAGCUACUAGACUGUUUCAUCAUGUGAUGGGAUUUGCAAUUUAUUUAUAUGGUUUUCUUAA